GGGAGCCAUGGCGGGGCCGGGACCCUCCGCAUCCCUUCUCCAUCCCCUCCCAUCCCGGCCCGCCAGCCCCGGGAAGGCGGCGGAGGGGCGAGGGUUGGGUCCGCCUCACCGGACGCCCCCGUUAAGAUCCCAAAAUGGUGCGCUACUCCCUGGAUCCGGAGAACCCCACGAAAUCGUGCAAGUCACGGGGAUCCAACCUGCGAGUGCAUUUCAAGAACACUCGUGAGACCGCCCAGGCCAUCAAGGGCAUGCACAUCCGCAAGGCCACCAAGUACCUGAAGGAUGUCACCCUGAAGAAACAGUGCGUCCCCUUCCGCCGCUACAACGGGGGGGUCGGGAGAUGUGCCCAGGCCAAGCAGUGGGGCUGGACGCAGGGACGCUGGCCCAAGAAAAGCGCGGAAUUCUUGCUGCACAUGCUCAAAAACGCAGAGAGCAACGCUGAGCUCAAGGGUCUGGACGUGGAUUCUCUGGUGAUCGAGCACAUCCAGGUCAACAAAGCUCCCAAAAUGCGUCGUCGCACCUACCGGGCUCACGGUCGCAUCAACCCUUACAUGAGCUCCCCUUGUCACAUCGAGAUGAUCCUCACCGAGAAGGAGCAGAUCGUCCCCAAGCCUGAGGAGGAGGUGGCUCAGAAGAAAAAGAUUUCCCAGAAGAAGCUGAAGAAGCAAAAGCUGAUGGCUCGGGAGUAAACAUGACAGGAGAAAUGUACAGAAAUAAAAUUUUAAAAAGAAUUAAA